AUGUUCAUGGAUUGUCAUUUCAGAACCCCUUCUUCUUCCUCUGCUAACUUUGUGCCAUCUUCUCUCAAGAAUGAAACGAUUUUGCCCAGAAAAUUUGUCUCCUCACCAAGAAAAACAUAUUUCCCUUCGUGGGUCUCUCAGAUUUCUGUAAGAAAAUGUGUUAGUAGCCAUCUUCAGCUUAAGUCAUCUAAUGGGCAUCCCUUGAAUGCAGUUUUUUUACCAGAUGGUAGUCCUGGAAGUUCUCUUCUCAAUGAACAAAUUGCACUUCAGGAGGAAGACAAAUCUGUUCUGGAUUCAGAUAAAGCUCAAUCUACACUCAGUAUAACUGUUGUUGGAGCUUCAGGUGACCUGGCAAAAAAGAAGAUCUUUCCCGCACUUUUUGCUCUUUAUUAUGAGGAUUGUCUACCAGAGGAUUUUAUCGUGUUUGGUUAUGCUCGGACUAGUAUGACUGAUGAGCAACUCCGAAAUAUGAUUAGUAAAACUCUGACUUGCAGAAUUGAUAAGAGGGCAAACUGUGAGGACAAGAUGGAUGAAUUUUUAAAAAGAUGCUUUUACCAUUCUGGUCAAUAUAGCUCUGAGGAAGAUUUCUCUGAGUUGGACAGGAAGUUGAAAGAAAAAGAGGAUGGAAAAGUUUCAAAUAGAUUAUUUUAUUUAUCAAUUCCUCCGAACAUAUUCGUCGACGUUGUCAAGUGUGCUAGCCAACGGGCAUCUUCAGGAAGUGGUUGGACUAGAGUCAUUGUUGAAAAGCCAUUUGGCCGUGACUCAGAUUCUUCUGGUGAGCUAACCAGAAGUUUAAAGCAAUAUCUCACAGAAGACCAAAUAUUUAGGAUUGACCAUUAUUUGGGCAAGGAGCUUGUAGAGAAUCUGUCCGUUCUUCGGUUCUCCAAUCUUGUUUUUGAGCCUCUUUGGUCCAGGAGCUAUAUCCGCAAUGUCCAAUUGAUAUUUUCUGAAGAUUUUGGAACAGAGGGGCGGGGAGGAUACUUUGAUAACUAUGGAAUCAUACGAGAUAUAAUGCAAAACCAUCUUCUUCAAAUUUUGGCUCUAUUUGCUAUGGAGACACCUGUCAGUUUAGACGCCGAGGAUAUCAGGAACGAAAAGGUAAAGGUCCUGAAGUCAAUGAGACCUCUGCAACUUGAAGAUGUAGUUGUUGGGCAAUACAAGGGGCACAGCAAAGGUGGGAAAUCAUACUCUGCAUAUAUAGAUGAUCCAACUGUUCCCAAUGAUAGCAUCACUCCGACAUUUGCGGCAGCUGCUAUUUUUAUCGAUAAUGCCAGAUGGGAUGGGGUGCCCUUCUUGAUGAAAGCUGGAAAGGCUUUACAUACAAGGAGAGCAGAGAUCAGGGUUCAGUUCAGACAUGUCCCAGGUAACUUAUACAAGAGGAACUUCGGAACAGAUUUGGACAAAGCUACAAAUGAGCUUGUCUUGCGUGUUCAACCCAACGAGGCUAUUUAUUUGAAGAUCAACAAUAAAGUUCCUGGUCUCGGAAUGCGAUUAGAUCGUAGUGAUCUGAACUUGCUGUAUCGAUCUAGGUACCCAAGCGAAAUACCAGAUGCAUAUGAGAGGUUGCUUUUGGAUGCUGUUGAAGGGGAGCGAAGGUUAUUCAUUAGGAGCGACGAGCUCGACGCUGCGUGGUCAUUGUUCACUCCAUUGUUAAAUGAACUUGAAGAGAAAAAGAUUGCUCCAGAGCUUUAUCCAUAUGGCAGCAGAGGGCCGGUUGGGGCUCACUACUUAGCUGCCAAGUACAACGUAAGAUGGGGAGAUCUAGGCGAGGAUCGUGACCCGUAGGUAAGUAGAGCAUCUCAAUGUACAAUUGGUUUCGUCAUGGCUUAGUAGGUUCACAUUCUCGGCAAAAUGAUAUAUCAUGUGCUUACACAGUGGAUUAAGACUGAUUGUAUAGGGGUGUAGCUAUGAAUGAUAAAUGAUCCAUACUCCUGUCAAGUGAUCAAUCUCAAUUCAAGGGAAGAAUUUGCAUUUGCAAUAAUAAAAUGCCUAAACUUUCAGUACCAAA